UUCGGAUCCGAGAGCAAUAAAUUACCGGCUUCGAAAAUCCGGGGACGGGAUUCUCCGGUAUGAGGAUCCUGCCGUCGGGUCCUGGUACACAGGGGAAAGCACUUAUAUAACUUGUCAUCGUCAAGAGUUGAAGUCGUGAUCUAUCCAACCAUAUCUAUGAUUGUCAGUGUUUCUCUCAUUACUCCCUGUAACUUAUAUCUUUGUCACCAAAUCUUCAAGUAGUCUUUGAAAACCUCAUACGGCAUCAGCUCAACAUGCGACUCAAUCGUUGGUUAGAGGACAAGACGGAGGCUUUGUCUCGCUCCUGGUUUCUGAGCAAUACCGCCAUUCAAUACUAUAGCGCUUGUUGUGGUGCAGCAUCUGUGAUCUUCUUUGUCGUCUCGUUUGCUAUUGCCGAUUUUAUACCCCCACCUAAACCCUCCUGGGGUGCUGAGAAGGUUGCGCAAUUCUAUCAGGACCAUACUAAACGCAUUCAUGCUGGUGCUGCGAUUAAUAUGAUAGCCGGAGGCUUCUAUUUACCCUUCUCUGCUGCUAUAUCCUACCAAAUUCGCCGCAUUCCCAAUAUACCCUAUAUAAUCCAUCAAGUUCAACUGGCUUCAGCAGCGGCGGGGAUCUGGACGUUUAUGUUACCUGGAAUAGUUCUUGCCAUCGCGUCAUAUCGUCCUGAUCGCCCAGUGGAGAUCACUCACGCCUUGAACGACUUUUUUUGGCUCGUUGCAUUUAUGCCUUGGCCAACGUUCAUGGUACAGAACUUCGCUUUCGCCUAUGCCAUCAUCAUCGACACACGCAAAAAACCAUUAUUCCCCAAGGAACUAGCAAUUGUCAACAUUCUCAUGCCAAUAAUAUUCGCGCUUGCAACCGGGGCGCAUACUGUAUACAGUGGUCCCUUCUCAUGGAAUGGAGUCAUCACAUUCUAUUUUGUUGGUUUCACGUUUCUUGUGCAGGUUUGUGUUGACUCGAUAUAUCUGGGUCUUGCUGCUCGGGAAGAGGGAAGAAAUGAGUCAUUGGAAAAGGAAACUGAAGUUAUUCAGACAGCUUCGGUUUAAAUCUCAGAAAUCGACCCAGGGUUAGAGAUAACCGUCAGCUUUUCCCGGCUUGGAAAUUUGCCGCAGUGCUAAAGCUAGCUUCUAUUGUUGACAACCUACAUAUGACUUUAUUCUGAGGUCUUCUCAACCAAAAAGGACAUAAUAAUAUAAUUAUCCUGUGAAGUGUUUAUCUAGGUCCUUAUGUUCUAAUAUUCU